AUGGUGGCCCUGACACAAGACUGCAAUAUGAUAAUUCCUUCGAAGAUGCGGGACCCUAGAAGCUUUAUAAUACCUCGUUCAAUUGGCGGAAUUUACAUUGGACACGCUCUAUGCAAUCUUAGAGCUAGCAUAAAUCUGAUGCCCUUGUCAAUCUUUAAACGAUUGGAGAUUGGAAAACUUACUCCCACCGAUAUUAUCCUUCAGUUAGCGGAUCAAUCCCUCGUGCACCUGGAAGGGAGGUUGGAAGAUGUGUUAGUUAAGGUGGAUAAAUUUAUCCUCCCUCCAGAUUUCAUUAUACGUGAUUACAAGGCAGAUAAAGAUGUCCCUAUUAUCUUGGGGCAGCCAUUUCUCUCCACUGGAAGAGCUCAAAUCAAUGUACAUAAGGAAGAAAUCGCAGUGCAUGUCAAUGGCCAAAAGCUGAAGUUCAACAUUAUUAAGGCGAUGAAUUAUCCAGAUGAAGUAAGUUCAUCCAAUAUAGAUGAAGAGUGGUCUUGCAGCUUAAAUUGGGGAAUUGAUGAGGAAAUAGAAUCAAAGGAAGAAACCACCCCUUCAGUUGAAUCAUGUUAUGCGAUGACAGAAUUCCAGAACAAUAGCAAAUCAUUGAAUACAGAAGAGAGAGAAAGCACAAACAAAUCUUCACUUGAACAACCUUCAAUUUUGGAAUUGAAAGUGUUACCUGUCCAUUUGAAGUACACAUUCCUUAAGCAGAAUGAUACCUUACCCGUUAUUAUAUCGCCCACACUUUCCAGAGAAAAAGAAGCAACCCUUUUAGAGGUAUUAAAGAAGUAA